AUGUUGGCCAGGAACUUCGUAUGGUGGCCAGGUCUCGACAGCCAAGUCGAAGAGAAAGUUCGUAAAUGUCGAAUCUGUCAGGCUGUUCAAGCUGGCGUGCCGACAGUUCCGCAUCAGCCAUGGACAUACCCAGCCAGGAUUUGGCAAAGGAUUCAUCUAGAUUUCGCAACACGCACUUCGGUCAACCUUUUAGUUGUCAUCGACUCGUAUUCAAAAUGGGUCGAGGUUUUUAGCAUGAAGUCGACCACUACCACAGCAACAAUUGCAAGGCUACGGAAGCUUUUCUCAGCCUACGGCUAUCCUGAAGAAAUUGUAAGUGAUAAUGGACCACAAUUUACCUCGCAAGAGUUUCAAGCAUACAUGCAAACUCACGGGGUGAAACGCACCAAGACGCCACCAUACCACCCGUCAUCUAACGGUGCCGCGGAGCGCCUGGUACAGACGACAAAGACGACACUACGAAAGCAAGUCCUUCAGGACCACAACUCUGGUCAGGUUAGACCAAUCUCUGAACGUAUCGACAGCUUCCUCAUGGCGUACAGGAAUACGCCGUCUACAGUAACUGAGACCUUUGCGAAGCAUAAGGUGCCAGUGACAAGUACCAGGGCUCCGAGUCCAUCUGCCCAGCAGCCGCCGGAUGUAGCUGACAUCCACCGUCGCGAUAUUCCGUCUACCCCGCCUCCGGACAAGCAGGCUGCGAACCCGGAAAAGACCCGGAACCCCUCCACUCCGCGUUCUCAGAGGUCACCCAGUGGACAGCCUGCAACGCAAGACGCUGGGAACGAUCAACUUGGAUUCCCCUCCACAUCAGCUACGACGCCGCAACACGAGACACCAGUCAUCCGCACAAGUUCCCGCGUUUCAAGACUUCCCGACCGCUACCAAGCACCAGACUUCAGAAAAUGA